AUCCCAUUAACUAUCUUUCAUUAUUUCAAUAUUACGGGAAAUGUUUGAAAAAUGGAUACAUGUUUAAUAACUGAUUUUGAGAAAGUUUGCCGAAUAUGUAUGAAAUUCGAUAAAACGUUUCUAGCAAUUACUUCGUUUAAAAUAAUUGAUAUGAUAAUAGCAUGUGCUUCAGUACAGAUUUGGGAAAAUGAUGAUCUACCAAAUCAAAUUUGCCAAGCUUGUUUUCUACAAUUGCAAAAUACCAUAAAUUUCAAACAGUUAUGUGAAAAUUCAGAUAAUACAUUUCGUCAAAUUAUUCAGCAAAGCAAAAUAAAUUUAUCGAAUAAUGAAAACAAUUUUCAUAGCGUAAAAGAUGAAAAAUUCGAAGAUUAUGCAGAUGAUGAUCAUUCUUUAGGAGAUGUUAAAGAAGAAGAUAUUUCUGAAGAUAUCAAAAAUGAAAAUACUUUGGAAAAUGUAAAAAUUAAUAUUGGUCACAAUGAAGAUGAUUCCAAAAAAUUAGAUACGAACAGCAUAUUGGAAAUUACAAACAAAGAUAAAUCGGAAGAGGACAAAAUUUCACGAACAGAAUUAGAAAAGGAAAGUGGUGAAACUAUUACGGACGAAGUAAAUGUGAUAGAAUCGUUCACUUGUGAAAAGUGUAAGAAAGAAUUUAAAACAGUAUGGAAUUUGGGUCAACAUAUGCAUCGUAACCAUCGAGUGAAAGCGAUAAAGUGUAAAAAAUGUAACCAGAAAUAUUAUCAUCCACUAACUUUAAAAUGGCACGAGGACAUUAAGCACAACAAUCAUAUAUGUAACAUAUGUAACAAAAAAUUUUCAAAUAUUUAUAAAUUAAAAGAUCAUAGGCGAUUCAGGCAUACAAAGGAAGGGCGUACACUCAUAAGAGAAAAUGUAGCAUGCCAUAUUUGCGGUAAAUUAAUGCAGAAAGGCAGUUUAAAAAUCCACAUGACAAUUCAUAAAGAUGAUCGUGAUAAAAUUACAUGUGAGAUAUGUUCGAAAACAUUCGUACGUCAGGAUGGUUUAACCAGACACAUGAAACGUGUACAUGGGAAUGAAACGCCUCCAUGUAAUCAUUUAUGUAAUAUUUGUGGGCAUGCGUCACGUUCAGCAUUUGAUUUACGUAGACAUUUAAGGACUCAUUCAACAGAACGACCGUAUGCAUGUGAUCAUUGUGAUAAAACGUUUCGACGUGAAGAUAAUUUAAAAGAACAUAUCGCACACGUUCACUUAAAUGUACGAAAAUAUCAGUGUUCAUUUUGUUCACAAGCUUUUCAUGAAAAGAAAGGUUUACGGAAUCAUGAACGACGGCAUACCGGUGAAAAACCGCAUAAAUGUGAAGUGUGUGGUAAAGCGUUUAUACAAAAAUAUGCAUUGAAAGUUCAUACAAAAAUACAUAAAAAUUCAAGAGAGAACGUGGCAAUCAAUUUAACAGGCGUGCCAGGCCUCAUGUUUUAGCGUUAGAUCUCAUGCUUUUUUUUACUAAUACUAUCGCUCUUUUUUUCAUAAACUGAGACUAAUUCAGUGAGUGGGCGACUGAUGAGUGAUAAACAAUAAACGACAGAAUUAUAUAAACAAAAUUAUGAUUCCAUCAUGAUUGAUAAAGUUCAUUGAAAUAUAUUGUAGCUCAUCGCUUAUCGCUCACUCUUGUCGCCCGCCGCUCUAAUGUGAAAUUACCUUAACUAAGGUAGUUAUUAUCUUGCGGACAAUAAAAUUUCAACACAAUCUAUAUAUCAGAUAUAUUUGAUUGAAUCAGAUUUA